AUGAAAUUGAAAAAUAAUUAUGAAAAAUGGGUUUAUUAUCAUAAUAAAGGAUUUCCAUUUUUAGAUCCACCAGUAUUAUCAAAAGUUGAUCCAACAAAAGGAUUAUUAAAUGAUGCAAUUAGAUUUGAAUUAAUACCUAAAUCAUGGGAACAUGAAAGUACAUUAGCAGUUAUUGAAGCUGGAAUUAGUAGAAUCUGUUUUUUAGAAACCGGAAAAAUAAAUGAAUGUACUAAAGAACAAGUUGAUGCUGAGGCUGAACCACGUUACAUAAUUUCUGAAGGAGAGAUUUCAUUGGUUUGUUAUUUUUCUGGAAUAUCUAAACAUUUACCAUUCCCUUCUGAUGGAAGAUUUGCUGACUUGAUUUCAAAGAUUAAACAAACAUUUGAUUUGGAUAUAAAUAUGUUUGAAUAUCUUGAUUAUUUAACACAAGAACAAAUCACUGUUCUUGAUGAGGAGGAUUGGGAAGUUGCUAAAUCAAAUGCAUUUCAUAUUCAAGGAACUCAUGCAAAAACUUUGAAAUUAUAUUUUAAUCAAUAUUAUAAUAAUGGCGGUAACAAUAUUACUGAUAAUGAUUAUUAA